AUGGGUCAAGAUUACACAAACUUAUGCCCAGGUUGGUGCUUUACUCAUAACAACUCGUGUCAUAAUAAUGGUAGAAUAGUAGUUGGUUGGUGGCCUGGGUCAUAUCAGGUAAACAUUAGAUUGAUGAAUAGUCAGUUUAUUCACUGUGAGAUUAAACCUACACAAGGGGUUAGCGAGUUCAACUGUACCUUUGUGUAUGGUUUUAAUGAUCAGAUGAGUAGGGGAGAGCUAUGGAAGGGGUUGAGAAUGAUUGCUAGCAAUUGUAGAGGUCCUUGGGUGGUGAUGGGAGAUUUCAAUGCUCUCUCUAGUGUGGAAGAUAGAAUUGGAGCUGCUGUGAGAGUUGGAGAGAUUGCUCCUAUGUUGAGUUGCAUUAAUGACUAUGGGCUAGCUGAUAUUAAAGCAACUGAGAGACAUUUCACAUGGAAUAACAAGCAAGAUGGUUUGGCUAGAGUGUAUUCUAGGAUUGAUAGAGGUUUAGCUACUACUUCAUGGAUGGAAACUUUUGAGCUGGCAGAGGUUGUGUUCCUACCUGAAGGGAACUUUGAUUAUGCACCUGCCUUGCUGAGCUUCUAUCCUGAAAUACAGCAAAAGCAGCCUUUUAGAUUCUGUAACUAUUGGUGCAAUUACCUUGAGACAUUGGAAGCUAUACAGAAAGCUUGGAGACUGAAUGUUGAUGGCAGUCUGAUGUUUCGAGUGGUGGAGAAAAUUAAAGAAGUAAAGAAGGAGCUUAGAGCGUUGAAGCUGAAGGGGUUUGAAGAUGUGGAGUGUACUGAGCUGAGGACUAGAGCAGAGCUAGAGAGUAUACAUCAUGAGCUCUAUGCUAAUCCUAGUGAUGCUUCCAUCAGUAGUAGAGAGAAAGAAGCUAGAGAGAAGCAUAGGAAUGCUCAAAGGAAUCUGAAUGCUAUGCUGCAGCAAAGAGCAAAGAUCACAUGGCUCAAAUGUGGAGACGAAAAUACAAAGGGCUUUUAUCAGGCCAUUUAA